GAGAGAAGCUGGACUACCGGGCCUGCGAGGCCAUGGAGGAGAUCUUCAAGCGGCUCCAGUUCAAGCUGCUCGACCUGGAGCAGACCAGCCUGGACGAGGACGGGCUGGGCCUGAGCCACAACCACCUCAUGGACUCCGGCCUGGCCUACAUCUGCGAGGGGCUGCGGGAGCAGCGCCGGGGGCUGGUGACGCUGGUGCUGUGGAACAACCAGCUGAGCCACGCCGGCAUGGCCUACCUGGGGAUGACCCUGCCGCACACGCAGAGCCUGGAGACGCUGAACCUGGGCCACAACGCGGUGGGGAACGAGGGCGUGCGGAACCUGAAGAACGGAUUGAUCGGGAACCGCUCCGUGCUGCGCCUGGGCCUGGCCUGCACCAAGCUCACCUGCGAAGGGGCCGUGGCCGUGGCCGAGUUCGUGGCCGAGAGCCCGCGGCUGCUGCGCCUGGACCUGCGCGAGAACGACAUCAAGACCGGGGGUCUCAUGGCGCUGUCGCUGGCCCUGCGCGUCAACCACUCCCUGCUGCGCCUCGACCUCGACCGCGAGCCCAAGAAGGAGGCGGUGCGUCCCGACAUUCCCAGAAAAAUCACGGGAAUUCCGAAAAAAUUCUGGGAAUUCCCCAAAAUCCCCGCGGUUCUGGGGCGUUCCCGGAGCGGGAAAUGGUGUGAGGUGUUUGGGGUUGAAGGGCGAGCCCAAGAAGGAGCUGUUCCCGUCGGAUCCGGGGCCGUUCCCGAGCUGCGGCCGCGCCGGGCCGGCGCCUCCGAGGGAAUUCCGUGCGGGAGCCCCUCCCGGGAUUCUCCUCUUCCCAACGGGCUCAAGGCGGAUUUCGCCCGGGCGCUGCCGGAGCCGGGCCCGGAGGGCGACGGGAAAUCGGGAACGUGCGCGGCCGAGCACG